CAGCAAAGUGAAUGCAAAGCCGAAAUGGUAAACAAACUAUUGCCUCUAAUAAAUAAAAUAUCUAGUUAAUACAACUAACUAUAGAAAAUGGAGAACAAGUGCCGAGUUUGUCUGGCUGACUCCAAAAACUUGGUAAACAUUUUCGAGGAGAGACAGGAUCUUCGAAUUUCAAUAGCUCAUAUGAUAUCCAAAUGCACCGGCUUUAAAGUUGAGAAAGGGGACUCAUUCCCGCCCUCAAUUUGCCCAGCUUGUCUGCAGGAUGUCCACAGUGCGUUUGCGAUCAUAAAAACCUACGAACGCAGCUACCAGGUCUUCUGUGAAGUGCAGGACACGGUUCUCGAGGAGGACGAAAUCAUCGAGCUGUCGGACUCCGACGAGGUAGUAUCCAUCAAAGAAGGAGAGGAGGAAGGCCAUUCAAGAAGAACUACGGCAGCCGCUGAUGAAAAGGCGGCCCAGGAAGAAGUUAAAGGUGAUCAUUUUGAAGAAGUUGGCGGGCAUAAGACUCACGUCUGCACACAGUGCCACCUGUCCUAUGAGAGCCCUGACCUCCUAGAGCUCCACAGCCUGCGACACUACACGAGCGAAGGACCCAGUCCAAGGUCCUUAGCGGACAACAACGAACUGAAAAUGCACACCAGCACGCACGCGGGCAAAAAAGUGAUGAGGAAGAACGCCAGACAGCUCACAAGGACGCUUGCAUACAAGUGUAUCUACUGCUACAAGUCCUUUUCGAGCCCAUCGAGCUGUCGCCGCCACUAUAAGAGGCACACGGGGGAAAGACCCUACGCAUGUGGUACUUGCCAGAAGCCAUUUGCAGAUGCUGCUUCCGUUAAAAGACAUAUGAGGAUUCACACGGGCGAAAGACCCUACAAGUGCCCCACCUGCCAGUCGACCUUCACGGAUUCAUCUUCUUUUAGGCAACACAGUCGGAUUCACACGGGAGAAAAGCCGUUCAAGUGCGAUCUGUGCGAGAAGUUCUUCAGGGAGCGGUCGGAUGCUCGGAAGCACAGGAGGAGCCACACUGGAGAAAAGCGAUUCCAGUGCUCUUUAUGCAAGAGGGCUUUUUGCCAAAUCCAUAGUCUACGUAGGCAUUUGGAACUCAAUCAUGUGGACCAGGACAAGUCUCAGGCCUAAUUUAGUUUAAAACUUAAAACAAAAGUUUGUUUUAUUACUUUUAAAACGUUUUAUACAUAAGAAUUCCAUCCAAGGAAUAUUUCAUAAACGAAAUAUUUCAUAUGCAUACGAAAGCAAAAACAGAAA